GUCUGUGAGGAAAGGAAGAAGGGGGAGAGCACGAGAGCAGCAGGCAGGGUGGAGAGCUGAGCCCGCUGGGUGGAGACUGCUGUUUACAGGAAGUAAUAGUAACAAAAGAACCCUCACUCACCUGCUGCCACAGCCCAUCGGGGAACCCAGGUACUAGUGUGCUGCUAUUACACACUCUCCGAGCAUUAUAUUGUACAUCCCUGCUGCACCGGGAGAACGGGAAGAAAGCUCGACUGGUUACCAUGGCAAGCCAAUCAACAGGUGUGUUUGAUGGUCAGCAGGAAACCGAUAGCAGAAUACCAAAGAAUAAAGAUGGGGAUGCAAAUAUCACAGAGACGGAUAGUUUGCUUUCAAUGUCCCAGGCACUGGAUCCAGCUGCAGAAUACAACAUGAAAAAUGGACGACGUGGUUUGGCUCUAAUCUUCAACCAUGAAUGGUUCUAUUGGCAAUUAACACUGCCUGAGCGACGUGGUACUAAUGCUGACAAACACAACCUCCACACAAGGUUAACUGAACUUGGGUUUGAAGUUAAGAGCUAUGAUAACCUGAAAGCGGUGGAAGUACUUGACAAAAUCCAUGAUGCUUCAAUGAGUGAUCACAGUGAUGCUGAUUGCUUCCUUUGUGUGUUUCUGAGCCAUGGAGAAGAUAAUCACGUUUAUGCUUUUGAUGCGAAAAUUGAUAUCCAGCGACUGACCUGCUUGUUGAAAGGAGACAAAUGCCAGAGUUUAGUGGGAAAACCCAAGAUUUUCAUAAUCCAGGCAUGUCGGGGGGCUCAGCAUGAUGAACCAGUCGUAGCUACUGAUGCUACUGACAGUACAGUGGCUACUCCUGACAUGAAUAUCACUGAGGUGGAUGCAGCAUCUGUAUAUACUCUUCCUGCUGGGGCUGAUUUCAUCAUGUGUUACUCUGUUGCAGAAGGCUACUAUUCUCACCGUGAAACGUUUCAUGGUUCCUGGUACAUUCAGGAUCUGUGUGAGGUACUGAAGCACUAUGGGAAAGAAUUGGAAUUUACAGAACUGUUAACCCUGGUGAACAGGAAGGUGUCUCUGCGCUCUGUUGAAAACUGCCUUGAUCGGAAUGCAAUUGGGAAAAAACAAGUGCCAUGCUUUGCUUCAAUGCUGACCAAAAAACUUUACUUAAGACCAAAGUAAAGCUGGUAUAACACAUUUGAUUCCCCACACAGAAUGAUGAGGGAGCAUUUUACUGUCAUGUUAUAAAAAGACAGACUGGCGAACAUUCACACAAACUGGGCGGGUGUAAUGCUGCCUGAGUUUGGCGGCCAUGCGGGAUGCCGGCCGAACUCUGACUUUUUUUAAAGGGACAAUCACUUAUACCCCUUUCACACUGCCAAUGCCGGAUCCCACCCGGGAAUUGGA